AUGGCUCACGCUCCAGCUGGUCGCCAGAUGUUUCUGUACAGCUUUACGAUUGCCGCCUCCAUCGUCAAAGCAGAACGACGUUCACUGCUCGUUAAUGUGCCAUCGCGCGGUUCCUCGUUUGAUACCUGUCCUUCCUUACAGGCUAAUCACUGCUUGCUUCCAGGGAUCAGCCAAAAUGCCUCGGUAGAGGUGAUGUCGCCGAGCUUUGAAGUGUUGGAGUCAGGAAACGUUACAGACAUCGAGUUGCAUUGCGUGGCCGACGGCUUCGACGAGCCUUUGUAUCGGUGGUUCCACAACGCCAAUCGACUGAAGAAGACCGAUCGCGUGAUCCCAAGGCAGCGCCGGUUGGUCGUUAAAGAUGUGUCCAUCGAAGACAACGGCGUGUACAGUUGCGAGGCAGAAAACGCUGCCGGCACGGUGCGCAGUCAAUCGAAUUUCAUCCUCAGUAUUCCAGGCAGUUUGCCAAAGAUCAAACUUCUGUCCAGCAAUAAGGUUGUUCGGCUCGGCUCGACGGUGUCUUUGGAUUGCGCAUUUGAAGAUGCCUCUGAAGUCCGUUGGAAGAGACCUGGCCAUGACGCGUACUAUCCUCGUGCCUCAGAAAACGAAAGGAUCGCUUCGUUAAAUAGUAACAAUUCGUUAGUCAUCAAAGAUAUACAGAGUUCUGACGCUGGUUAUUACGAAUGUUUCGGAUUCUUGCAUGGUGCUUCGUCUGCUCAAAGCUAUGCUGUGGCCGUAAAUAUCGCUACAUUGGAGGAUUUUCGUUCAUCGAGUUUUGAGCCAGUCCGAGAUAUUUACAUUGUUGGGCAAGGCAAACGGUUCGAAGUGGCAUGCGUACCGCCCCACGGAUAUCCGACGCCUUUCGUGUACUGGAGCAAAGCCGGAAAGGCGCUCGAAAGCGAGGGACGUAUAAGGGCUACUACAGACUACUCAUUAAUCAUCGACUCCGCUAGACCUGACGACAAAGGAUCAUACGAUUGCAUAGCAGAGAAUGUUGCUGGCGUGAAGAAAGGCACUCUGUACAUUCAUGUGUCCAGGGCUCCUCAAAUGGAGCGGCACCCGUCGUCGUUGGAAGUCGAAGAAGGUUCUGACGCCAGGUUUGACUGCACGUUUAAAGGUAAUGAAUAUCCCGUGACGUUCGUCGAGUGGGAGAAGAAUGGCGAGCCGUUCACGUUGCACACCCGGGACGCUCGUUAUCAAGUCUUUCAUCAUAAUGGUACACUUAAAAUUACCUCUACGUCGCUGUCAGACGAGGGCGAGUACACGUGCGUCGUCAAAACGGCUGACCAGCGUCCACUGUACUCGCAGCCUGCCCGCCUGAAUGUUCGCGAGCGUCUGAAGUUCACACCAAAGCCGGUUCACAAGAAACUGGAACUGAAUAGUGAUGCCCAGAUUCCGUGUAAAGCCAGUGGUCACAUACCGGCGACGGUCAAAUGGCUGCGAACCGGAAACAUUUCUAUCGACGGCGUUGUGCACAAGUACAAGCAGCCUGUAACCGACUUCGGCCAAAACAUUCGCGAUAAAGACGGCAUCCUGUACUUCCACAAAGCGAAGUUCGAAUACGCCGGUCUGUACAUGUGCGUGGCAGUCAGUUCGCAGGGCGUCAUCAACGAGACGAUCAAAGUCGAAGUUUUUGUGGCCCCGGUGUUCGACCGCGUUUCGAAGAAUAUGACCGUCGAGGAAGACGAGCCGGCUUGGAUGCAUUGCGUCGUUCGCGGCACCCCACAUCCCACUGUUCAUUGGAAGUUUCGUUACCGCAAGUUCCUGAACAACACCCUGCACCUGCCAAACGUUAACGUUGACCUGGCUGGCAAGUACGUCUGCAUGGCUGGCAAUAAGGGUGGCUUCAAGCGGCACGAGGCAUUGUUGUGCGUGAAAUGUAAGCUGUUUGCUCAGUACUUUAACUCAAUACUUUAA